AUGACAUCAUUUGAUAUUGAGUUCACGAAGGUGUAUAAUUAUCAAUCACUUUUCAACAAAGUUUUGAACAAGCGUUUGAAAUAUGUUCUUAAUAUCAAUCUAAUAUUGUCUUUCAUUCUAGCAUUAAUAUAUGAAUUUAUGCCCACGGCGAAUUCAAACUCGGAUACCAGUCAUUCCAUUUGGCAAAGCAUUCCUGUAUUAAUAUGCGUUAAAAUUCCAAUCAUUUUUUGCACUUUAAGUAUAAUUCGUCAAGUCCGUAAACAAUUUUUGAUAGUUGAAUAUUCUCAUCAUAAAACAUUGGGAGCACAAAUCUAUUAUUCAAUUUUAUCAUUCCAAUUUUUGAUCAAUUGGUUAGGGUAUUUUGUAUCUAGUUGGCUAAUAUUCGGUGUGGUGAUAUUUUCCACCCUGAAAUUAAAAUUCAACUUGUCAGAUUAUUAUAUAUUAUCCAAAGAGUAUCGUCAACAUCCGAUAAUUAACGAUCAAUGGGUUUAUUAUUGGUAUAAUCCUGUUUUCAUUUCAUUUUUUUAUACUUGCAAUCAAUUGAUCUUUCAAAGACAACGUUUGAAUUUUGAAAUUGGGCAUACUAGAAAUAAACCUCAAAACUAUUUGUUCAAGCAUCUCCCUAUUUUGUUGGGUAAUUCUUUGGGAUUGAAUUUGUUUGUGAUAUCGUUAACUCCUAUAACUUAUUGGUUAGUCAAAUAUUAUAUUUAUAAAAGUUUCAUUUUGAUCAUAUUGAUUUUCAGAUUGGAUAGUAAUAUUAUCCCUAAGAAUAAUACUAAUUGGAUAACAUAUUUACAGUUGAGCUAUUUAUCAUUUUUCAUUAUCUUGAGUUGGGAAAUUGUCAAUCAUGUUUUCAAUGUAUAUUCGACUAUUGGAUGUCUUGAUGGAAAUAAACCAAUUUCAAGCUACAGUGCCGAUCCACUCAAUUGUUUAUUAUCAGGGUUACGUGAUGUGGACCCGAACUAUCAAUUGAGUAGGUUGGCAGCUUUCCAAGAAUUGGCAUAUUUAUCAACUAGUUCAGAUAAAGAGGCCCUCAAAUUGCGUUUGAAAAUUUUUAGUUUUCGUUCCAAGAAACUGAAUGCUUGGUCUUCAUUAUUGGAAGAGUGUGCAUUAGUAAUAAAGGAAACUACUGAUAGAAUCAAUUAUCGAAGUACUAGUGAUUUGAAUGCAUUAAAGAGUUUAGAGAUUACUGGACUUAAAGGCAAUAUCAAUAAUUACAGUAAUAACAAACAGAAUUCAGAUAGCUUAUUUGGGAACUCGUUUAUUAAUACUAGUCCUAUUGAUAAAAAGUCGCUGGAAUUAAUCAAAAAAUAUCAAUCUGAUACAUCUUCCACUACUGGGGCUAAAAAGAAAUCCAAUAAAGUGCAAGGAUUCUUUUCAUCAAUUCAACUUUUUGUCUCACAACUUUUUGGAAAUUUACAAAAAACAAUUGGCGACACCAAUCAAUUGCAAGAAAAAUUUACUAAACUGUUUAAUUUCAAAGACUAUUUGCAGAUUUAUCAGAACUACAAGGAUAAAUUCUUACAAACCUAUAUUGGGGUAUUCUUCAGAAUCACAAUAAAAAGAGACAACGAAUCAAGGAUAAUCAACCCCAUCAAUUUCUGCAACUCGGUUAUUGCUAUAUCAAACUUGUUACAAUAUUCAAUCGAAGAGGACAAAUAUGUUAUAAUUAGUAAUGAUGACGUUUGUAAAGUUUUAAAUUUACUUGAAAAACCAAUCAGAGCUACAACAAACUAUAUUGAUUAUUUACCAGCAUCGGUUUAUGUGCCGCAAAAUUCUCAAACUAAAAAACAUAGCUGUUUGAUGGGGAAAUUACACGAUUUGUCUAUGCAUGAAUUCUAUGAAAUCUGUAUUCGCUUUAAUGGGAAAUUGAAUGAUUUGAUAUUAACACCAAGAACUUAUAAAUUGGUGAAAUGGGUGAUUGAUAAAGAAAUUGCUAUUCAGCAAGAAAUUCAAAAACAAAAACACCAAAAGAUAAAUUUAAAAUGA